AUGUUCUCAAAGCUAGUUGGAAGGACAGCACUCUCUGCUGGAGUGGCAUCAUUGGCAGCUGUUGCAGCAUCGUCGUCGUCGCCACUUGCGUCAUUGUCAUCUACUACUACCCAAUGCGAGGACGCAAAUACUCCUACUACUACUACUACUACUUCUACUUCUACUACUACUCCGGUUGGACCUCCCAGCAUUACUCAAAAACGAAUUUUCAAAUCCCUCCGCAAAGAGACCACUCUUCGACACGCCGUGGACAAGGAAGAGAAACCCUCCGAAGCCCAGUCCUUGUAUCCCAUUCGACGCUCCAACACGCGCCGUGAAUUGUCCAAACUCCGGUCCCAAGAAAAAGAAAUCUUACGGAGAUGGGAACUCGACGAAGACGGAUGGCGAGAAUUGCCGGCCCGUGCUUGGCCAGCCUAUCAACCCAAACCGGAAGAGUUGGAGGGUAUUGAAUCUCAAUUCAAUGAUUUGGGAUGUGAAGAUCAAGAUGGAAGCAAUACCUUUUGUCAAGAUUUGCUCUUUCACAUUUCCACCACAUUAGUCUUUUACAAUGUGAAUGCGGAAAAAGGAUUUGCUCAAUAUGAAAAAUUGGCCAACGAAGGACAUGUCGACUCCAUGGUCGCUUGUGGUAUCAUGUUGGUGGAAGGCUUUGGAAUCAAACCAGAUCCUUCCAAAGGAAUUGAAUGGUUGCGCAAGGCCAUUUUGAAAGGUUCGACACAAGGGUGUUACGAAUUGGGAACUUGUUUGUACACGGGUAUUGAUGAAGUCUUGGAGGAAGAUCCUGAGGGUGCCUUUGCCUUGUUUGAAAAGGCGGCUUUGAAGGAUCAUACCGGUGCACUUUACAUGGUGGCUGAUUGUUUGAUUGAAGGAGAAGGAACCGAGAAGAGUGUGGGCAAAGCAGUACCUCUAUUCUACAAGGCAGCGGAGCGUGGGCAUCGAUACUCACGACAAAGGAUCCGGGAACUCUUGGCGCGAAAGGAGUAUCAAUGA